UGCAGAGGAGAGCAACAGGCAGUCGUCUCCAGUGAGAGCCUGAGAGCAAUGCUCAGUCCACUGACAACAACUCAACAUCCGGACAGUACGGAAGAGGGAGGUUUCUCAUUCUUCACCCUUCCCUGGGGCAUCAGAAAUCAUCUGCCUUCCUCACAGCUAUGCCUGCACCAAAUACUGAACCAAGGACGAAGUUCAUUCCCUGCAUGUAGUCUGAUUUGCUCAUGGGCACGAUAAGUCCUCUAUGCCUUGCCAUCUUUAACCUGCUGCUGGAUCAAUUCGGAGUUUCAUCGUCCACUCUUUCCUGAAGGUCUUCCAUGCAAGUCUUGUCAACAUGCUGCCUGUUGUUUUCAUGACAUGGUGGGUCGUUGUGUUGCUUGGAACCGUAGGGGGACAGUCUCAAUCUCAGCCUCAGACAGAGGACUCAAACCCCUGGAGACAGAUGAUUCGAUGGGAGAACAAUGGACGUGUGUACAGUCUUCUCAACAGCGGGGCCGAAUACGUCCCGGCUCAGGAGCGUGACAGGAACCAUCGAGUGCUGCUAGCGGACGCCCCCAACCGUAGAUCACAGGGUGGGAAUGUACGGAGACAAGCACCUUCAAGGGCAACCUCGGAGACUGUGAGAGGUCAAGCCAGACACCCGUUUGGAUUCGGCCAAGUGCCCGACAACUGGCGUCAGGGCGCAACUGGGACAGGUGAAACCAGUCGCCUCUCUACCGGCUCUCGUUUUAGACCAUCCUCAGGCUCAUCCUCUUCUUUUUAUCCACAGUAUCCGUUCCCUCAACAGCCACCGUAUCCUCACGACUCUGUUCAGGACAGAUCAUACGAACCUCCCUUCCGUGGAACGGGAUACUCUUCGGGCACUAGUGGUGGAUACGGAGGGGGUGGUUACUCAACCGACGAGAGGUAUCGUUACUAUUCCCCUUACGGUCAAACCUACCAUGCUCCUGCCCAACCUGCGCAGCCACAAAUCUCCGACGGCUUGGAUCACAGAUACACGCAUAGCCUGUUCAACGAGGACUCUCGAGACAGCGGUAAUCCUGCAGUACCUGCCUCUAAUGGUGCUUCGAGCAACACCGGCUCAUCAUUCCAGCCUGCUGUGCAAAGCCCCCAAUAUGAACAAUUUCCACCCUUUGGAAGGCCACAGCCUCCGUUUAUACAACCAGCUCCUCGCAACCCUCUCGUCUCCAACAAUGCAGAGAACCCCAACAUGAAUGCAGGGAGUGUUUAUCGCCCUCAGCAAAGAGGUUUGCCUGACCUGGUUCCUGACCCUAACUAUGUCCAAGCCUCCACAUACGUUCAGAGAGCCCAUAUGUACUCGUUGCGCUGUGCGGCGGAGGAGAAGUGUUUGGCAAGCUCGGCUUACAGUGCUGACGCCACAGACUAUAGUGUCAGGGUUCUUCUGCGCUUCCCCCAGCGAGUGAAGAACCAAGGGACGGCUGACUUCAUGCCCAACAGACCUCGCCACACCUGGGAGUGGCACAGCUGUCACCAGUAA